GUUCACUGUUCAGAUUCCACGCGCCGUGGUCCUAAAUGUCGCCACGGGAACAUGGCUCCUAGAGAUACGGUGAUGCCUCCAGAACCCAGCUCCACCCAGAAGCAGCAGCCCGAUGGGCCUGAACAAGGUGAUACUGACUCAAGUACAGACACUUCACCUGCCCAGCCAAGCAAAGGACAAGCGCCGGCUGUACAGACGCAGGUCAUCGGCGGUGACGUUGCGGCGAGUGGGACGAGGGAAGCUCACGCCCCGAUUGCAACGCCGGCGCAGCCGCAAGGCGGAGACGAUGCUGUGCGCAUCAAUGCGCUCACAUUGGCUUGGAUCUGGGGACUGCUGCCCGGAGGGCUGGCGGGUGUUUCGAUCGCCUACGUCCUGUGGUCCGUGCGGAAGCACGCCGUCGAGAGCAUGGCUCAGCAAUGCAACACGAGCGACUGUCGGUACGCGACGGAGCUGCUGAAAUCCACGCUGGACCGCAGAUUUGAGCCGUGCGACGACUUCUACAGCUUCGUAUGCUCACGCUUCAGUGGCCGCGCGUUCGACGUCAUCCAUUCGGUCCAGCUGUACAUGCGUGAACUGACCGAAUCCACGCUGCUCUCCGUCGACGUUCCGCUCUCGCAUCAGAACUCCACUCAGAAGGCUGCUGGCUUGUUCCGCGCCUGCGUCAGUAUGGCGAACACUACUCGAUCCGAGGUACCUGCGCUGAAGUCGUUCCUCGGCCUAGUCGGACUCGACCUGUCAAACAUGCCGCCCGAUCCCAACUUCAACAUCGCCGAGAGGAUCGUGAGGCUGAACUUCGAGUACGGCUUUCCGACCUACGUCAAGUUCGGAUGCGUGACCACGAAGUGGCAAGCAAAGAAAGUUUUGACCAUGGAUACAGAGAAAGACUACGAGCCAUGGUUGAAAAAUACAGCUGUCGACUUUGAUGUCUACGCCUACUUUCUAUACGAGUACGACUCAAACCUGGACAUCGUUCAGCUAGCCAAUCACAUAGCGGUCGCCGAAGGAAAGCUGCUGACGUUGAUCCACAAGCUGAAAAAUGUGUCGAGCGACGGGGCGAUUACGACCGUUGGCGAAUUCGGCACGUUGACUGGAGGCGUCGUUUCCAAGGACGAGUGGCGGAGACUCAUCGCGAAGUACACGGGCGGCGCGUACGACGAAUCCGACGCUCUAGUGGUGCUGGGACACUCGACGGAGGUGGCCAAGCUGCUCGUGGCUAACGGGGCCAUCCGCCGUGACGAUGCGCGGCUAGUGCUGUCCUGGAGACUCGUUCGACAGCUUCUGCCACUUUCCAGCGGUGCCGUCAUGGCCACUGCGCAAGGCCGAAAAUUCGAGCAGGCCUGCCUCGUGACCGUGAGCGGGAUCAUGGAAGCGGCCGUCAUGAGCAGCUACCUCCGCCGCUUGGUCCCAUCACCUGCACUCAAGGCGGCAACUGUGCUCGCUCUGAAUGUAAUUCAAGUCCUGCUCGAUAAGGUCCAACAUGUGCCUUGGAUGGAGGGCUGGAUGCGGAGCUUGAGCAUCAAAAAGGCCUCCAAAAUGGGGCUCCUCAUUGGCUACCCCAAGGAUAUCGACACCGUCCGUCAUAUGGAAGCAUUUUUCGCUGAUUUUCCGGACGCCGGCGCGAAUUUCUUCACCCCGUGGUUAGAGGCGCACCGACUGAUGACGCAGCGCCUCUUCCGAAACGACACGGUGAACUUCACGUCGGGUGAAGUCAACGCCUUCUACAACCCGAUCCUUAACACUAUGACUAUCCAGGCCGGCAUAGUGCAGCCGCCGUUUUUCUUCGCCCUUGGGACGGCCGCCCUCAACUAUGGAGGCCUCGGUCAAAUCGUUGGUCACGAGGUCAUGCACGGCUACGACGUGAAUGGCAUACGCCUGGACCCCAUUAGCGGAACUGUUCACACCACCGACUCCUCGUCGAUGUUUCAGUACGCAAAGCGAGUGUACUGCCUGCGUCAGUCUUACAUAAAGGCGGAGCAAGAGCGGGCCGCGGUCACUAUCGACGACGACACCGACUCGGAGGGCUUCGCGGACUUCACUGGCCUCCAACUGGCGUACGCGGCGUACAAUCGCCUUACCCCUCAAGAGCGCCUGGCCGUGGUCCCCGACGUGGGGCUCAGCGCCGAACAGACUUUUUUCGUUGCGCACUGCCUCAAGUGGUGCGACCUGGUAACCAAGAGGAUGCGCAACAGUCGAUACUGGGCCGGCCGCUCGCGCUGCAUCGUGCCGUUGCGAAACACGCCCGAGUUUGCGACCGCAUUCUCCUGCUCCCCGGGGGCGCCCAUGAACCCGCCAUCGAAAUGCUCCUUCUGGGAGUAGCCGCACGCGCACACGCUGCAAGCACUGCGGCGCACAUGGAUUUGUUUAAACUGAAACCUCAGCGUGGGUAGGGUGUAGCGGGUACGACGAAACGUUGGAGGGGCAUAGGAAAUUUCGUGUAACGCUUUUGUAUAUAAUAAGACAUGAAACUGUAGUACAGAGCUAACGGGAUGGCUUUUUGCGUACAUAUUAAUAGAAGAAUACAUGGCACACCUUGUGGUCUUCCUAAGUUGACUACGUUUGUUUUGUUCGCAAAGAAAAGAGCAUUACGCUUUUCGAUACGUUUGCGGAGGACGAAGAUAUUCCUACCGAGACAUCACGUAUACCGUUGGCAUGUCUCCCGAUCGCCUCAUUACGUGUUCCUGUCGGCCAAUUAUAUCAAAUAAGUUAGCUUGCUUUGUAACUCAAAUGGAUUCUUUUUCGAGUGGGUUGUAUUUUCUGUUCCUUAGUUCUUUAGGAGGAUACAGGCGAACGCAAAUGAAGUGACAUGUUUCCUGUGUCUGAGUUGCUACAGUGUUGGCCCCGUCAGCGAAGAUAUUAGGCAGCAGUAUCGCUCUCAAGCUCUAAAUCCAUCUGAUAAGCACACAUUUGCACAGAUUAACACGACAAUAAUAAAGUCGAACUCAUCCUGGUGUUGUUUCAUGAAGCAUUGCUCACAGACAGACUCGAUGAAGAAACUGUUGUGUUAUCAUUGCCGCUAAAGCGAUAGCGGUGGCGCGAUUAUCGCGACAGCUUGCUAUAUUAACUCAGUCGUGUGGCCACCGAGCUGCAUUCCACAACGAACCGUCAUGGAAUAAACCACGUUCGGUUUUGCUUGCGCCUUCUUCCUUCGUCUGCUGUUUCACUCCGCGAAAAUACAACAUUGGCGACGAGGGUUGACCAAUUCUGCGGCAAGCUGACAUGGCUAUGGAAGGUCCAGCAGCGGCGUGUGCAGUGGCGCAAAUCGUGGGUCGACUGGGACACAUCGAGCCCUUUGACGAGCCAGCAAGCGAGUGGCCGUCGUACGAGGAACGCUUGUCGUCGUUUCUUCAGGGCAACCGUAUCCCCGAGGAUGACAAGGUACACGCUUUUUUGAGUCUCACAGGCCCAAAGACGUACAGUCUUCUCAAGUCGCUGACUGCACCGAAAUUUUCGUCAGUUGAAGGUUUCGAGUUUUUAAAGAGACUUCUUGGUGACGAUUUGUCACCGAAGCUGUCGGUAAUUGGCGAAUGCGCAAAAUUUCACAGAAGAGCGCAACUUCAGACUGAAUCAAUUUCAGAAUAUGUUGCGCUGUUGCGAAAAUUGGCACAGACAUGCGAAUUUGAAUCCGCCCUCGAUCAGUCAUUGCGGGACCGUUUUGUCUGCGGUCUGUGCCGAGAAGAUAUACAGCGCCUGUUAUUCACGAUGGAUAACAAGCUAACCUUCCAGAAAGACGUAGAACGAGCGCUAGCCAUGGAAGCGGUGAAAAAUAGCGUGGCAGAAGCGCACGCUUCGGAAUCAAGCCUAUCAGGCGGUCACAAAGUCGGUGCGGUUGGGGAAACUGAUAUGACGCACGGAAAUUGCUACCGCUGCGGGUCUGCGAAGCAUGCAAGCAGACUGUACCCCCUCGUUGCGGCCAUCUGUUUCAAAUGUGAUAAGAAAGGUCACAUUCAAAGAGUGUGCCAAGCUAACAAGCAGAGAACGGCGAAGGGAGCGAGUCGAAACGCGAUGAAGGUGUUUGGUCCCGUUCAAGCUUCUGUAAGCGUGAAGGGAAUUCUUUCGCCUAGUCGGGAGCCGAUAAAAAUUUCAAUGCACGUACAAGACGUACCCUUGGAAAGGAAGCUGGAUAUGGGGCUACUGUGACCGUAAUGUCUUUGGAUCAGUUUCGUCAAAUGUUUCCAUCAAUCAAGGUCAUACCAACGACGCUGAAGCUGCAGACGUUUUAUGGAGCCAUCAUCCAGCCUGUCGGAGUUGCUCACGUUGCCGUGCAGUACGGAGAGCAGAGGGCUCGGCUGCCUUUUUACAUCACGGUAGGUCGACAAUGGUUGAAAGCUAUCCGACUCGACUGGAGCCGUAUUUUGAAGCUCAACGUUAUUCCCAGGUGGCACGAUUUCGCCUGUUCCAGACUGCGCGCUCUUCUAGACAGGUACCAGAGUUUGUUUCCGGAUGAACUGGGGACAAUUACCGAAGAAAGAGCGACAUUGUCCCUGAAAGAUGGUAGCAUGCCAAAAUUUGUGAAGCCAAGAAGUGUGCCUUUUGCAUUGCAACCGGCAGUCGAGGCUGAGCUUAAGUUGGAAGACAUGGGAGUCAUUUCACCUGUCGUGUCAAGCGACUGAUCGGCGCCGGUUGUGCCAGUAUUAAAGAAGGACGGUGGCAUAAGACUAUGCGGCUAUUAUGAGACCACCCUAAACCCUUCUCUUGAAACUGAUCAGUAUCCACUUCCGAGAAUCGACGAGUUGUUCACAGCGCUCGUAGGGGGCCAGGAAUUUUCUAAAGCUGACCUAAAUCGAGCCUAUCAGCAGGUAGUAAUGUCGGAGUCAUCAAGAAAGUACUUGCCACUAAAUACUCAUAAACGAUUUUUUUCCGUAAACACGUGGCCGCUCGGGGUUUCUUCGGCACCUUCCAUUUUACAAAGAAUUAUGGACACAUUCUUGAAAGACCUGAGAGGCUCCAGCUGCUAUUUGGAUGACGUUCUCAUCACCAACUAGACGUCACACGAGCAUUUUGCAAACCUCGAAGUGGUUCUGAAGCGGUUGACUGAGCGUGGGGUUCGAGUAGUGAAAGAAAAGUUCAUUUUUCCAAACGGAAUUGCAGUAUGUGGGUCAUUAUCAGUGCAGCACGUGUCGGCACAACGCCAGACAAGAUAGAAGCGCUGAUGAAAGCGUCCGCACCCACAGGCAAGCAACAACUACAAUCGUUUCUGGACAUUGUAAAUUACUACGGGAAGUUUGUUCCUCGAUUGUAUACUCUGGCGAGAUCACUUGACAAACUGUUGCUUCUCGACUAGCCAUGGCUCUGGGAUGAAUCGUGUCAAGGGGCUUUCGAGGAAAUCAGAAUUCGUUGGCGUCAUCCUCGAUCCUGGCGCAUUACGAAAAAGAUAAACCUAUGCAAGUGGCAUGUGACGCUUCCCACUACAGUGUGGGAGCAGUACAUUCUCAUGUAACGGGAGAUGGAAGCUCUCGGCGUAUGUUUUAUGGGUCGUGUGCAUUAACUGACGCCGAAAAAGUACAGACAGCUAGAAAAACAAGCGCUGGACACUAUCUUUGCUGUCAAAAAGUUUCAUUUCUACAUCUAUGAAAGAUGAUUCACGUUGCUUACGGAUCACAAGCCAUUAGAAACAAUUCUGGGGCAAUAAACAGGCAUUCAACCAAUUGCAACAGCACGCUUACAGCGAUGGGCUGUCACGUUGUCCGCUUACGAGUACUCGCUCGUGUACAAAAAGUCCAGUGACAACGCAGAAGCAGAUUUUUUUUCAAGAAGCCCGUUCCAGGGUACUGAAGACGGCAAGUCCAAAGGUGAAGAAUCGUUUUAUGCUUUGCGUCUGGACUCUGCCUGUGUCCCCCAAACAGAUUGCACUUGCUACAGCACGUGAUCCGGUGCUCAGUAAAGUGCUCCAGCUUACAAGCAUAGGCUGGCCAUUGCACUUUUUUUUAAUGCCAGGGUAAAUGCCUCAGCGCCAUUGCAAUUGCGAGAUUCGAGCUUAAACCAUUUUUCGACAGACAUUUGCAGAUCAGCGUGCAUCAAGGGUGUGCAGCCAGUCCAGCGGCUGGGCGAACAAUGAGUCUAUUGCGGUUGCGCAAGUUACAUAUAUAGAGAAGCCAACGUGUCGUAACAGACCGUGGAUUACUGGUGCGCCGCGACGACUGGUUAAACUCUCACGCAACAUUUCAUAACUUCGUUGCAGAGCCUCGGUCCAAACCCAGGCAAUGUCCUUGCGCAGCAAUGUUCUCAGUGGUGCAGUCACGACGGACAUGUUAGGAAUGAAACAUUGCACAUAAUUCUUCAUGCCUAGAAAGACUUGGAGUUCCGUACUAUUCUUUGGAUCUUUCAUUUCCAGUAUGUCUUUCACUCGACCAGGGUCCAGCCGGAGGCUCUCUGUGCGAAGGAUGUGUCCUAGGUAGCGGACUUCGGGUUGCAGAAAGGUGCAUUUCUUGAGGUUAACUUUGAGGUUGUUUUCGAGACGGCGUGCUAACAAAAGUGGGAGGUGGUGGUCAUGCUCCUCUUUCGUGCGGCCCCAAAGUAGUAUGUCUUCCAUUACCACGUCUACGCACGAUAAGCCUUCCAGCAAGCGAUGCAUAGCUGCUUGGAAGAUUUCUAGAGCUGAUGCAAUUCCGAAGGGCAUUCGACGAAACCGAUAUCGCCCAUACGUCGUGCUCAUUGUACAUAGUUUAGAGCUUGAUUCAGAGAGUUCAAUUUGCCAAAAUAUGACGCCGCGUCGAGUGUUGAGAAGUACUUAGCACCGGACAGCUGCGAGGCUGCGUCUUCUAGAGUUGGCAUUGAGUAAUGUUCGCGCAACAGCACUUUAUUAGGCCCUGUAGGGUCCAGGCAAGUUCUAACUUUGUCCUUCUUAACAACUGUAACAAUAUGGCUAGAUCACUCCGUAGACUCGGUUCCCUUUGUUAUGACGCCUUGCGCUUCCAUACGCUGUAGCUCAGCCGUGACAUUGUCCUGAAGAGCUACAGGAGCUCAUCUUGCUGGAACGACAACGCCCACCGAGUCUGGCUUGAGCUUCAUGUCGUAUUCGAAGUCUUUUAACUGCCCGAGUCCCUCAAAGACGUCUCUAAAAGGCUGCGCUGGCGGGUACAGUUCAUGCUGUGUAUGUUUUGCAUAUGAUAUAUGAAGCCGAGACCUUCAGCUGCUGCACCACUCAAAGUGGCAGGGACAUCUUAUUCGACAAUAAAAAACGUUCGUACCCUGGUUCUGUCAUUUUCUGAAAGUAUCAAAUGGACUUGCGCAUGCGCGGCUGUGGUGUGGCCAAAAAAGGCUGUGAGCUUGACAUUGCAGGCUUGAUAAGGCUUUUCUGGCAGCUUUGCAACGUCGCUUCUUGAACUGACACAAUUGGCCUUUGUCUAGCUUGCACAUGAUGGGAUGGCCCUCAAUGUAAAUCGUUGCGCUCCAGUGAUCGGUGGUUAUCGCAUCGACAGUCAAAGUUUGCAAAAAAAAAAAUCGUCGUCUUCGGCUCGUAACUCCUGCUUUGGUUGGUUGGCACUGCGCGAAAGCUUGGACGACUUGCAUGCUCAAGCGAAAUGGUUCAGCUUUCUGCACUUCUCGCAUGUUUUUUCCUUUUGCUGGGUACGUGUCCUUGCGGUGCAUUUGAUCCCCACAUUUGUAGCAAACGGUUUUUCUUGUUGCUACCGCGUUUACUAUGGUGCCUUCGCUGGCGCCCGUAGCUUCACUUAUCUCACGAAAGUGCUCUUUGCCAUGUUCUUGCGCGUGGCAAAUGUCGACCGUCUUUUGGUGCGUCGGGUUUUCCGCGAUCAGUCUUUGCUGUAGACUCUUAUCCUGAGUGCUCAAACUGAUUCUGCUACGCAACAUGCGGUCUUCAAGGCCCCCAAAUUUACAACUCUUCGCUAGCACACGCAGUUCUGUUAGCCACUCGUUAAACGUCUCGCCUUCUUUUUGGUUCGUUGAACCAAAAAGAAAUUCUUGAAAUCAGGCCUGUAAUGCUCCUCAAUUUUUUUAAUCAGAACUUCAACCUCAUUUCUGUCUUCCGCUUCCUCGUACUUGAAGGUACUGUACGACUUCAUAGCCUCUUCGCCUAUGGUAACUAGCAACCUGCCUGCUUGAACGUCUUUUGGCUGCUUGUUCAAUCGCGUAGCAAUGAAAAGCAGCAGAAACUCACUUUUCCAAGUUUUACAGGCAAUCCAAGAGUCGUGCGAUGCAUCCAUAGGCUUCGGGGGUGUAGUAGCGCGGACGCCAUCGACAUAUCGGCUGGGUUCCGCUGCGACCAUGUAGCCAGGCCAGCAGUUAGGCCACCAACGAGUUUAUUGUGGUUGCGGAAGUUACAUAUAGAGAAGCCAACGUGACGUAACAGAUCACGGGAUUACUGAUGCGCCGUGACGACUGCAGAUUCAGCCGUGCUACAGGGGGCCUCAUGUAUGUCCUGAGGGUUGUUAUU